AUGAAUAAUCCAACUUACACCACGCUGUCCUCCCAAACCAAUUCCGUGAAUUCUCUGGUGGAGUCAGGCAAGCCCACUGAGAUGUGGCUCAGUGACGAGCAAGGUCAAGUGUAUGUGACGAUUGACACUUCUCAGGCUGUGUUCCCAGAGGUGCAAACCACCAUGAGCUUCAUAGACGUGAAAGACAGUCUCAAUUGGGGAAGCCAAAGUUUGCUCCAACCCAUAGAACUACCCACUGAGCCCGUGGCCGCCUCAGAUGUGCUCAGCACCAAGUUGGACACGCUGGCCCAUGCCGCCUCGACCCAACUCCCCAUGAAUGAGUUACAACCCGUGACGGUUCAGCCCCCACAGAACACGCCCUUGCCCCCAUCGAAUCUAGUGCAGCUCCCUCAACACCCCGAUCCCUCUGUGAUAGGUCUGGCUAAUGGGAUCAUUGAGAUGAGCACGAGCUCUGGAGCCAAUCGUUUGCUCUGCGGGGAUUGUUCAGUGGGGUUCGAGUCCGCCGAUGUAUUUUUCAAGCACUGGCUUGACAACCAUUGCAAGUUGGAGAAUGAUCAGACCUCCAGUAACAUGCCCCUUCAGCAAUGUCCCACCUGUAAACACAUAUUCGUGAUGGGCACCGCUAAAGCCUUGGAACACAAUCAGAGGUGUGGUUUGGACAAAGCCAAGAUGAACUCGGCUAUCCAAAAGAGGAAACAGCACGAAAACGAAGAAAAUGUUCAGCCUACUGUUAAGCUACCCAAAACAGCCAAGAGACCUCCCAACGCGGUGUCGUGUGGAACAUGCUCUCUUAACCUGAAAACCAUUACUUCAUUCUUUCUCCAUUGGCUGGAGGCUCAUGACCAAAUCACGGACAUUCUGGAGCAGGUUUGGCAAUGCGGGGUGUGCAUCCCCAGCAAAUUGUUCCCGGAUGUUGCCGGUCUGAGGGACCAUUUUCAUCAGGCCAAGCAUGUUCCAAGUGAUCCCAUUCUGCCAUGCAGUAUCAAAGGCUGUGCGUCCAAAUUUGCAGCAGACGAGGGACUCGCCGAGCAUUUAAAUAUGCACUCCCAAGACUCCAAUCCCAAGACCCUAAAUAGAUGUUCCAAGUGUCCCAAGAUCUUCCAGAACGGCCUCUUGAAUCAUUUCUUCUCCGAGCAUGCCACUUUAUGUGAUCUAUGUUCAUGCCAAGUCCACAAGGAGGAGAUGGACGACCAUUUGUCUAAUUUCCACCGCUUUGAGCGGGUGUGGAAUCGUCAGACCAAUCUGGAGAAAAUUGCAGCCAGUGACGCUCAAAUGGGAAAACCAGCCGCACAAGUGACACCCUCCUCCCACACAAGACGACUCGUUGAGAACUCAAGCAGCACCCUUACUGUGAUCCCCAGCAACCCUUCAGGGAAUCCCAUCACUACCCCAACGGAUCCCCCAUCAUCCUUACUCGAUUCUGUUGUGAAAUCAAGCCAACCUUCGCCAUCUACUGCAUCAGUUCCGCCACCACCAACCCCUGCUCCUUCCGCAGCCUCGGCGAUGAAAUGCAAAGCCUGCAGCCUCUUCUUCACCAGCGAAAAGCUCUUGGAGAAGCACUAUUUCGCCAAUCACGAGUUCAAAUGCAAGUUUUGUGAUAAAACGAUGGACAAAGACGAGUAUGGCGAUCAUCUGCGUGUCCAUUUAGCCAGUGAGCGGAAGAGGGGUGUACCCAAGAAAUGAAGGCCAUAAGAACUAGCCCCUAAAUUCAACCAUACCUUGUCAACGUCCCCUCCCCUUAUCUCUCCCGAUUUGUUUUUUUUGGAUCCCCAGAUUGAACAUUAUGUUUUGUCAUACUCCUAAAUAUAACAAUAUACAACAAC